CCGAGCAAACUUUUGUAAAUAACUUUUUUCUUUUUGUAUAUAUUUUCUUUUCCCUUUUAUUUCUUUCUAGCAAACAAAAAUGGUUUUAACAUAAACACAGAUUUUCAAAAGGUUCCUGUGGAGUACCACAGAUGUGAGGGGUGCUAACACCUUCCCCUUACAUAACCAACCCCCGUAUCCAGAUUUCUUUUUGUGGUUUUUUCGAGUUUUUUCCCUUUCCCCUUUUGGAAUUAAAAAAGUUCGGUGGCGACUCUUGCUUUUUAACGAUUUAAGUUAACCAAAUGACUUAAACUCAAAUUUUUGCCGCUACAGAAAAGUGGCGACUCUGCUGGGGACUUUCUUAAGUGGGUUUAGCCUAUUUUGUUUAUCUGUGUGUUUAUGUUAUUGCUUAUUGUUUGCUUUUUCUUUUUGUAUAUAUCUUAUUUUGUAUAUAUUCUUAUCUGUUUAUGUGGUUACUUGGGUGAUACCUUGUGAUAUGAGAUAAAGUUCUAACCCGGACUUUUGUGAGUAACUUGAGAUAGGAGGUGGUAAGACCAAUAGUUGCAUGUCAGGAGCGAUCCUUAACAUGAGCAUCAUAUGGUGGAACCCCAAUCAGUGGAGGCCUCAUGGAAGGUAGUAGAUGUUGUUACGAGCUAUCGUAAGAACGCUAUUAUUUUCAAUAGUGAGUGUCCGUAGAAGCUGAAUGACCUAGAACCCUUUUAACCCAUCUAAGCCUUUUUUAGGAUGUAGCGCAGAAACAAGUUCAAGUACCAAUUUGUUCUUGUUGUCAUGCGAUGCUACGCUCAGACGAGGUCUUUUUAGGAAUAUUAUUGGUGCCCAUGAGCAAUUGUGUGUGCUGGUAGUAUCCGAUAGAAGAUUGAAAACUCUGGGAACCUUUGUAGAACCCGUUUGGCAGAGCCGUCUAUCUACCGUCAAGCUGAUUCCUCGACACAUUGAACUAGAAACAUGUAUCUGAAGAGUAUGGAAGAACUUCAACAAGACCAAGAGUUGCUAAGAGCAGAGGUUAGCCAGUUGAAAAUACAGAUGGAUCAGAUUAUGGAAACCCUGCAAGUCUUGUUGAAGAGAGAAUGCAACUUUCCUCCGAUUAUUACAAAGCAAGUGGAUACUCAUUUAGCCUUUUCCGUUGCUACUUCAAAUCAAGGGCAACCAUCUGUUAUGUCAUGUGAUUCAUAUUUUGGAGUAGAGAAGGAAACACCUGUUUGCUUUCCUCAAUCAGUGCUUCGUAGGACUCUGCAUCAACGUCCAUUGUCUGUUCCUUCUCAAGGUAACAAAAAGCAGAAACAAGAUCGGAAUCGUGAUAGGACUCACUUUGAUCCUAUUCCUAUGUCAUACACUGAACUGUAUCCUACUUUGGUCCGGAAAGGGUUAAUUACAACAAGAGCCAUGCCUCCUCCUCGAAACCCUCCCUCAAUAGGAUUUCGGCCUGAUCUUCAUUGUGAAUUUCAUCAGGGUGGUGCUGGCCAUGAUUUAGAACAUUGCUAUGCUUUGAAGGCCUUGGUGCAAGAGUUGGUUAGAUCAAAGAUGCUAUCUUUCAGGGAUAUGGGUCCUAACGUUGUCACUAAUCCUUUGCCAGAUCAAAGUGGCUGAAGACAAGUCAAAGCCAGAUGGUCUCCUAAAGCCAAGUGUUUCAGACAGGAUAGCUCGUCCUUGUUGCUGAUUAA